AUGACAACAUCCUCAUCGCAAGAUCCCAUCUCCCAUGUUGACCUCAGCAAGCUCGAGGCUGUUCGAAGAAAGUAUGCAGAGGAAGCAAAGAAGAGACUCAGACCAGAUGGCUCUGCGCAAUUCCAACCCCUCAACGACGCCCCCGAGGAUCGACUUCACUCACUUCUCGAUGAUCCUUGGGCAGAUCAUGCGACACUGAAUGCUAGACCAUCACCACUUCGCGAUACCAAGACCACUCGGUUUUUCAUCUUGGGAGCGGGCUUCGGAGGACUACUCUAUGCCAUCAACCUUAUUGAAUCCGGUGUCGCGACCGCAGACGAGAUACGAAUCGUCGAUGCGGCUGGCGGCUUUGGCGGGACUUGGUACUGGCACCGGUAUCCCGGACUGCACUGCGACCUCGAGAGCUAUUGCUACCUGCCUCUGCUUGAGGAGACUGGGUACAUUCCAACAAAGAAGUACGCACCGGCCGCAGAAAUCCGACAAUAUGCCGAACAUAUUGCGUCGCGAUGGAAGCUUGACGACAAGACUCUGUUCCGGUCUGACGUGCAGAGUGUGCAAUGGGAUGACGACAAAGAGCUGUGGAAUAUUAGCUUCUCUGAGAGGCGUGGUCCAGGAUCAGCUGCGAUUCAACAAAAGAUCCAGGCGCAGUAUGUGUAUCUGGCAGCGGGUGUUCUCACCAAGCCACAAAUCCCUAAAAUCCCCGGUCUUCUGUCGUACAAGGGAGACAUAUUCCAUACCUCGAGGUGGAAUUACAACGUGACCGGCGGAUCACAGGAGGACCAAACACUCACAAACUUGCGCGACAAGAGAGUUGCCAUUGUCGGCACGGCAGCAACGGCGGUAGGAGCAAUUCCCGCGCUCGCAAAGUUUGCAAAAGAGCUCUACGUGGUUCAGCGAACGCCAGCCUACGUCAAGGAACGCGGCCAACGAACCACCGACCCCGAGACGUUUGGAGCGACCGUCUCGAGAAAGAAGGGAUGGCAGUUUGAGAGGCAGAUCAACUUGAAUCGACACAUGACCAACGCCGUCCUUCCGGGCCAGCCCAAUCUUGUCAAUGAUGGCUGGACCGAUAUGCCUGCCUACUCUGCGGUCAUGGGCUCGCCCGCCCACGGCAUCGUCGAUACCUCGCCCGAGGAAGAGGAGCGGAGGGCCACUUGGUUCCAUGCCCUGGACCUGCCGCACAUGGAAAACGUGCGCGCUCGUGUCAGCAGAAUCGUCAAGGACGAAGCUACUGCGGAGAAACUGAAGCCGUGGUACCCCUCUUGGUGCAAACGGCCGACAUUUAGCGAUGAGUAUCUGCAAGCUUUCAACGAGCCUCAUGUAAAACUUCUCGACACGGACGGUAAGGGGCCGUCUGGCGCCACGGAGAGAGGUAUCGUCAUCGCCGAUAAGGAGUAUCCUGUCGACGUCAUCAUCUUCAGCACCGGCUAUUCCGUCGCUGGCGGCCGCACGGGAGGCAGUCCUGCUGAGCGGGUUGGCAUCAAAGUUUUCGGCCGUAAUGGUCUCUCGUUGGACGACAAGUGGCGACGUAACGGCGCUGCUACGCUCCACGGAUACGCCACAAACGGGUUUCCCAACCUCUUCUUCUCUGGUACGUCGCAGGGUACCAUCACGGGGAACAAUGUCUUCAUGUUGGGCCUCAUUGCUCGGCACGUGACGUAUAUGAUCUCCGAGGCCGAGAGAAGAGUAGGGUCUGGCAAGAGGGCCAUCGUUGAGGUGACCGCAGAGGCAGAAGAGAAGCACAGUCGGGAGAUUGCAAGGAGGGCCCCUUUCUUUUCGUCACUUGCGGGAUGUACUCCGGGGUACUUCAACGGUCACGGACAGGCAGCCUCAAAAGACCCUAAGGAGAAAGCCAAACAGGCACGGGGCGUUGUGUGGGCUGAAGGAACAGUGUCCUUCUUGGAGUACACUGGGAGGUGGAGGGAUGAGGGCAACUUGGAAGGGCUCUAUAUUUCCGCGCGGCCCAGUAACCCAUCGAACGGCACGGGAAGGUUGUCUAAACUUUGA